CUGGUACAUAAUGACUUACAGUCCAUGACUUGACGUUUAAUUAACCUUCGAUGUAACAAACUACAGCUUCACAUGUAAAACAGUACUUAGGAAAACUAGGAAUGAAUGAAUGACCCUUGAAAAGAGAGAUAUUUCUAAGAUGGAAUUCAGCUUUAUUCUGUUUCUACUUUGUGUCACGGUCGUUAAAGCAAAGAAAGAAUCAAAAGGUUAUGAAAGUCUUGGGUGCUGGAUAUCGACACCUAGCCGAGGUGUUGYCGAAGUCAUUCCGAGUGUGGAGCAAUUAGAUGACGAAGAGGACUUAGAUGGCGUAUACUGGGAAAGAGAUCAGGCCGUUCUGAAAUGCGCAUGGUUCGCAAAGGAUCAUGGAUAUGAGGUAUUUGCUGUUCGUAGCAGCGGUGAAUGUUUGGCUAGUGCCAAUGCCUCUCAGGUGUACAAAUACUAUGGCAAGUCUGAUGACUGUCAGGAUGGAGAGGGAGGUCAUGGUGCCAUGGAUGUUUAUAGAUUAAAAGGAAAGCUUCCUGAAAUCGCUGUUUUAGAAGGCGACAUUUUAUUAAACAAAGCCCAGAAGGCCAUGGCUAUACCGAUACCUUUUGGAGACGUUUAUAAUGAUGCAAUCUUUAAGAAAGUAGAUGAGAACUGGCCUGAAAGAACCAUACCGUUCUUUGUGCAUCCCAAAUACAAAAAUCAUCAGCUUGAGAGAAAACUCCUAGAUGGUCUCAAACCCUGGGAGAAGCAGACGUGCAUUAAAUUUGUACCAAAGAAAAACCACCGUGAUUGGGUUGAAUUCGUACGCGAGAAAAACCCAAAAAGUAGAAGGUGUGCCUCAGCUAUCGGCCAUAACGGGAAUAAACAGCAAAUGCGUAUGGGAGAUCUGUGCCCUGCCGGAAGUGUUAUACAUGAAUGGGGUCAUUCUAUUGGUUUAUGGCACACUCACUCUCGUAGUGAUCGUGACAAGUACGUAAAGAUCUUAUGGAACAAUAUCUUUGGAGGGUGGAAAAGUCAAUUUGAAAAACGCAAUUUCAAUACAUAUGGAGUAAAGUAUGACUAUAACAGYAUAAUGCAYUAUGGGAAAAAUUUCUUCGCGAAAGUGUCCGAGGACAAGACGCGUCUUUUGACAACAAUCGAGACCUUAGAYAAAAAGUACGAGGACAAAAUUGGACAGAGAGAAAAACUCGCCAAAGGAGACAUAGACUUUGUGAAUACGAUGUACGGUUGUCCUGAUUUCCCAUUUAUGUGGAAAGCCAAAGACUGGGGCGAGUGCUCYUCAAAGUGCGGCCGUGGUACCCAAAUAAGRGAGUUCAUUUGCGCAAAGAAUGAUGGGAAGAAAGUAGAAGAUGUAAAAUGCAAAAACACRCGUCGACCUGAGUCAACACGUACAUGCUAUGGACGAAAAUGCAGCGAAUGCCCAAAGGAAUGGCAUAGAUUCAAGGAGGCUUGUUAUCGACUACAGAUCACUAAGGCUGGAUGGAAAGAAGCCAGAAAAAGUUGCCUAAGCAAAGGAGCGGAUCUUGUAUCGUUGCGCAGUAAAGAUGAAGAUCAAGAAUUGAGGAGUUAUAUCGCAAAGAAUGGAAAGGCGCACACUUUUUUCUGGAUAGGAGCAGAGUACCAUCCCGUCGACGGUGCGUUCAAAUGGGUCAGCGAUGAUACAAAUAUCGAAUUCAAUGAUUGGAAAAAGGGUGAGCCUCGAUUUGGUAUGGAUUGCGCAAUCUUGCUAAACCGAAAGUCUUGGGGAACAGACCAGUGUCUAAUGGAAAGRAACUACAUCUGCAAAAAAGAAUUGCGCAGCUACGUUAUGCCUAAAAUAGAGUUAACCGAUCAAACAUCAAAAUACAAAUGGUACGCGGGGGCUUGGGGUAAGUGUUCUGUUACCUGUGGUGGCGGACAAAGAAACAGAGAUACGUACUGCUCUCUAGGACCCAAUGGCGAGCAUGUUCAUUACUCCAAAUGCAAAGGUACGCCACCCGAUGCUUGGAAAGAUUGCAACAAACAGCCCUGCCCCUCCCCCUAUAAGUGGUACGUUGAAGACUGGGAAAAGUGCUCAGUGACUUGCGGCGGUGGUUGGCAAAGACGCAAAGUGAUUUGCGCUAAAGAAGAUAUGCUACCAACAGCGUACUACCUAUGCAACCAUACCAAACAACCAGAAUUUCAGAGGAAAUGUAAUACUCAGCCAUGUCCGCCUAAAGCACGUCCAGCUCCCCAUGCUCCCCAAGCACCACAACAACCUCAAUGGCCCCAACAAGGCCCGCAACAAUUUCCUCAACAACAAACACAACAGCAACAACAACAACAGUGGCCAACAUCGUGGCAGCCACAAUGGAAGACAAGUCAUUGGACUCAUUGCUCUGCAACGUGUGGGAUAGGCAGACAGCUGAGACAAGUUGYCUGUGUGUCAAGACACGGAAAGAGGCUUGAACACAAGCGUUGUCAAGUGGUCAGCGGUUAUAUACCUGUAGCUAAACGAAGAUGUAAAACUACGAAAAAAUGUCUCCCAAUCAAACGUCGCUGUCGUGACAAGAAACCCAUGAUGUGUCAUUUUUGGAGGCGACGUCAUCAAUGCMAUUCAAGUAAAGUCCGAAAGCUGUGCAAUAGAACUUGUAGAGUCUGUACAACAUGACAGCAAGUUGAAAUCUAUAGUCAUCUUAUACGAAUGCAAUACAACCGCCGUUCUA